GGAUUAUAGGCAUGAGCCUCUGUGCCCAGCCUCCAGCUUUUUUUCUUAAUGUCUUUGUGUAAUAUGAAGGCAUUCUCUUUAAUUGUUAAAAGCUUGCCUGCCACUGCUUCAAAAUAUUACUGUCUGUUGGCACAGCUUCUGAUUAUAUUGAUGUCAUCUCCCUCCUUUUAAACAUGUUACCAUAUUGGCACUGUAUGUCCCCCAGCCCAUUGAUCACUUGAGAGUUAGUCAUAGUCCUCGUGCUGUUUCACUCCUAAACGUUUAAGCAUGCCUUUCCUCAGAGCAGACAGUACAGUUAAGACGCUCAGGAAGUUUAGCAAUGAGCUAACACAGAACCUUACAUUUUUCCACAUACCCCAUAAAUGCCUUUUUUAGAGCCUUUGAACCUGGAAUGCAGAGUCCAGGACCGUGUGUUGUAUUCCAUUGUGUCAUCCCUUCAGUCUCCUUUAUCAGAAAUGUUCCCCCAUCCCCUUGUUUUCUCUCAUCGUCUUGAGGAGUCCAGGCCGUGGUUGCAUGGCGUGCCCUCUCUGGACUCUUCCUGCUGUCUCCUCAUGGUAAGCUUCAGUCUCCCACUCGUGAUGCUGGUUCAUCUCAGCAGCACUGAGGGGCCUGAGCUCAGUUUGGUCGUUUGUUAAGGUGGUGCCUGCCAGAUUUCUCCAUAGAAAAGGGCCCCGUGCUUUCCUUUGCUCUCAGCCUGUGUAUUCCUUCCUUUCUUGUCAGCUUGUGGGUGGCUUCUUCAACAGCUUCUGUAAGAUACUGAGUUCAGCAGUUGUAGUUGUUUCAGUAGGAGAGGUGUCUACAUACCUGACUACCACAUGGCUGGAAGUCAAUCCAUCCUCCUGGUGUAACCAUCCUCCAUGCUACUGUCCCUGGGGCACUGAGGCCCUCCUCAGUGACUUCCUCCACCUCAUCUUCUGCCAUCUCCAAGUCACCAGUGUCCAGCGGACUACUGAUACUUCCCAAACUCAUCAUUUGUUUAUCCACCACUUCAGAGCCCACCUUGUUUUCAGCACUGAGCUAGCCUCUCCUUGCUAGAAGCUUAUGGUCGAAGGUCUCCAGCCAUCAGAAGAAGCAUGUGGAGCGCUGCGUCCAUGUUGUGGUUAUUCAUCCAGCAUGCGUUGAGGAAGAAAAGUCAGAAGACCAGGAUCUCCAGGGCCUCAAGGACAAACCCCUCAAGUUUAAAAAGGUGAAGAAAGAUAAGAAAGAAGACAAAGAGGGCAAGCAUGAGCCAGUGCAGCCGUCAGCCCACCACUCUGCUGAGCCCGCAGAGGCAGGCAAAGCGGAGACAUCAGAAGGGUCGGGGUCUGCCCCGGCUGUGCCGGAAGCUUCUGCCUCCCCCAAACAGCGGCGCUCCAUCAUCCGUGACCGGGGACCUAUGUAUGAUGACCCCACCCUGCCUGAAGGCUGGACACGGAAGCUUAAGCAAAGGAAAUCUGGCCGUUCUGCUGGGAAGUAUGAUGUGUAUUUGAUCAAUCCCCAGGGAAAAGCCUUUCGCUCUAAAGUGGAGUUGAUUGCGUACUUCGAAAAGGUAGGCGACACAUCCCUGGACCCUAAUGAUUUUGACUUCACGGUAACUGGGAGAGGGAGCCCCUCCCGGCGAGAGCAGAAACCACCUAAGAAGCCCAAAUCUCCCAAAGCUCCAGGAACUGGCAGAGGCCGGGGACGCCCCAAAGGGAGCGGCACCACGAGACCCAAGGCGGCCACGUCAGAGGGUGUGCAGGUGAAAAGGGUCCUGGAGAAAAGUCCUGGGAAGCUCCUUGUCAAGAUGCCUUUUCAAACUUCGCCAGGGGGCAAGGCUGAGGGGGGUGGGGCCACCACAUCCACCCAGGUCAUGGUGAUCAAACGCCCUGGCAGGAAGCGAAAAGCUGAGGCCGACCCUCAGGCCAUUCCCAAGAAACGGGGCCGAAAGCCGGGGAGUGUGGUGGCAGCCGCUGCCGCCGAGGCCAAAAAGAAAGCCGUGAAGGAGUCUUCUAUCCGAUCUGUGCAGGAGACCGUACUCCCCAUCAAGAAGCGCAAGACCCGGGAGACGGUCAGCAUCGAGGUCAAGGAAGUGGUGAAGCCCCUGCUGGUGUCCACCCUCGGUGAGAAGAGCGGGAAGGGACUGAAGACCUGUAAGAGCCCUGGGCGGAAAAGCAAGGAGAGCAGCCCCAAGGGGCGCAGUAGCAGCGCCUCCUCGCCCCCCAAGAAGGAGCACCACCACCAUCACCACCACUCAGAGUCCCCAAAGGCCCCCGUGCCGCUGCUCCCACCCCUGCCCCCACCUCCACCCGAGCCCGAGAGCUCCGAGGACCCCACCAGCCCCCCUGAGCCCCAGGACUUGAGCAGCAGCGUCUGCAAAGAGGAGAAGAUGCCCAGAGGAGGCUCACUGGAGAGCGACGGCUGCCCCAAGGAGCCAGCUAAGACUCAGCCCACGGUCGCCACCGCCGCCACGGCCGCAGAAAAGUACAAACACCGAGGGGAGGGAGAGCGCAAAGACAUUGUUUCAUCCUCCAUGCCAAGGCCAAACAGAGAGGAGCCUGUGGACAGCCGGACGCCCGUGACCGAGAGAGUUAGCUGACUUUACACAGAGCGGAUUGCAAAGCAAACCAACAAGAAUAAAGGCAGCUGUUGUCUCUUCUCCUUAUGGGUAGGGCUCUGACAAAGCUUCCCGAUUAACUGAAAUAAAAAAUAUUUUUUUUUCUUUCAGUAAA